AUGGUGGCCGCGUUUCCACAGAAGGCUAAAGCAGGCUUGUGCGCGCUGAUCUCAUGCUGCUUCCAGCCUGGGUACACACCGGAGCCAACUGACGAAUACAGAUACGUGAUUCAGGAAAAGCCAAAGCGCCGUCCGAUCGCUGACGAAGAGGACCCGUCCACCGCCAUCCUACCCAACUACCAGGACCCACCUCGAUGGAUCAAAGACGACUUGGUUGAGGCAUGUGUGUCCUGCGGCGUCGAAUUCGAUCUGCUCAAGCGCAAACACCACUGUCGCGGCUGCGGACUCGUCUACUGCGGUCACUGCACAUCCAGUUUCGACCGUGUGGUCAAGUUUGGCUUCGUGGAACCCGUGCGUCUUUGUAACAACUGCGCCAACACCGCCAAGACCGAGAACGUCUUCUACGAGAAGCUCUUGCCGCUGCUGGAGGGUGGAGAUGUCUUUAGUAAGUAUGGCCUGCUGCGGAAGAGACACGUUGGUCUCAAGUUCGUACGUGCCAAGAACAUUUUCCAAUACCAGAAAUUUGAUCCCGAAACGAGAACGUGUGAAGGCGACAUCAAGGCCAUUCCACUUGACGAGAUCACGGACGUCCGCGAGGUGGAUGUGGGGCAGGACAACUCUGACGUGGGGAUCGUCAUCGCUGUGGGUCCACAGGAGCACAGAUUUGACGCCACAACGGAACUCAAGAGACAGCAGUGGAUGGAGGCAAUUGCGGGAGCUCGUCAUGUGCGUGGCGCAAUGCUGGCAGCAGAACGAGAGAAACGUGCGAAACAGAUUGAGAGAGAGAACGACGAGAUCCGCCAGAUGUCGGAGAACUUGCAAAAGAUGGAGGAGCGUCGCGCCAUGUUCCAGGAGGAUCGUUUGCGCCGCCGGGCCGAGAAGCGCGAGCAGCUACGUGCCAAGUAUCACCUCGCAACCGCGGCAUCGUAA